AAAUAUCUGUAAAUAAAUAUAAACUGUAAAAAAAAAAAAAUAAGAUAAGUAAAAAAAAGGGAAAUGGCUGGACGUAUAUACUAAUGAGUUAAACAUGUAGAGUUGUGCAGUACAUCGGUAUGUACAGUAGUUAGCAGCAUUAGAGUUAUUGUAAGUUAUGCGCUGUUACAGGAAAAUAUUGCUGUAUAACUGCAGGUUGUAAUAGAAACUUUUUUUUCCCAUCACACAAUAUAAAUGUUGAUUAUUUUUUCAUAACUGCACAUCCCCAAGUGUUUAGAUCCUCAGUUCAUGCAUAUGUAUCACUGAUCAGCCAUAACAUUAUGACCACCUGCCUAAUAUUGAGUACCACCCUUGGGUCACAUUUGGUACAGCCCACAAGAGCUGCAGUUUUGGAGUCGCUCUGACCCACAAUAUAUAUCUAGCCACCACAAUUUGGUCCUUGUCACAGUAGAAACAUUUUCGAUAUCUAGUUACAGUGGUGGAGGGAAGUGGGUGGGAUAUACAGAAUUAGGCAACAAGUGAACCUUUUUUCCUGAAGUUGAUGUGUUGGAAGCAGGGAAAAUGGGCAAGCGUAAGGAUUUGAGUGACUUUGACAAGAGGACCAGAUUGUUAAAGGUGUGAAAAAAAAAACACUGUUUCGGUGGCAAAAAGGUGGACCCACUCACCCUACUCCUCAUCCCCUAUUUUAUUCCCCCCGGUUUGUAGACAACAAAUCUAAUGAGAAGAACGAUGAUGGAUGUCCAGGCUCUCCAGAAGAGCUCUUCACUUUGACUUAGUUUCUGAGAUUGAAGGUUAAUCAUGGACAUCAUGCUGCUCUGAGACCGAGUCGUCCAGAUGGAGCCCGGGACUCUCCUGACCCUCCUGGUGGUUGUUUUGGGCGGCGGCGGGGCGAGCGAGGACGACCAGGUCAGCGUGUCUCAGUGCGGCGAGUACAGUAACCAGGUGAUGAAGGACGGCACGUGCAGACUGGUCGCCACGCUGCCCCAGCUGGAUGACCAGCGCUGCCCCGACAUGUUCCGCUGCACGGACGAGGUCUCCUACUGGCUGCACGAGAACGAAGAGCGCAAGCAGCAGAUCCUGGCACUGCACGAGACCAUCUCUGAGCUGCAGGAGGAGCUGCGCAACCAUCGGCACAGAGUAAAAGUCCUCGAGCUGCAGAGUGAAGAAAAGUCUCGGCUGAACUCGUCCCAGGAGCAGCGCCUCCGUGAUCUGGAGACUCAGUACGCCGAGGCCACCACGCUGCUCCACGUCCAGGCCUCGCUCGUCUCUGACCUGCAGGCUCAGAUCCACAACCUCUCCAUGCUGGUGGAGAAAGUGCGCCGAAACCCCGGGUGUAUGAUCAACAUCAUCCGUACCAGCCCGCUGCUGAGCUCCCAGCACACCCUGCACCCCGAGAUGCAGCAUAUCAGAAACUGCCCCAUCGACUGUGCCUCCAUCUAUUACAACGGCGUGCGCCGGUCCGGCAUCUACACCGUGGUGCCCUCGCUAGGAGCCAUGCCUGUGGAGGUCUACUGCGACAUGGACACGGACGGUGGCGGAUGGACCGUGAUUCAGCGUCGGCAGGACGGCUCGGUGAAAUUCGACCGCGGCUGGAAGGAGUACAAGGACGGUUUCGGGGACCUGCGCACCGAGUACUGGCUCGGGAAUCGGCACAUCCAUGACCUGUCCACUCAGGGAGAUUACGCACUGCGCAUCGACAUGGAGGACUGGAGCGGCAAACGCAAACACGCUCUUUACCAGAGCUUCAGGAUUGAGGACGAGGCGGCCCAGUACAGGCUUCACGUCUCCGGCUUUAGCGGUACGGUUGAGGACUCGUUCAGCUGGUAUCACGACAAGCAGGACUUCAGCACUCCUGACACGGGGAACAUCUGCGCCGAGAUCUCACACGCCGGCUGGUGGUACAACCAGUGUUUCUACGCCAACCUGAACGGCGUCUACCACAAGGGCGGGCGUUACUCCGCGAAAAGCAAAAACACGCUGGGACCCAACGGCAUCGUCUGGUUCACCUGGAAGGAUACGGACUAUUACUCUUUACGUAAGGCCGCCAUGAUGAUCCGGCCGCGCACCUUCAGACCGCACCUGUCCCCCUGAGGGGACGCCCAGCCUGCUGCCGCUGGCCAAUCAGAGCUCACCACAGACAACGCUGAAAGACUGAAUAGUGAUGUCACUUCCUGCGUAGUGAAUUUUUUCCUUUUAAAAAGUGACUGCUUUGGUUCCUGUUAUGCAUCAUACAGAUCAACAAAGAACUGUUGCUUUCAUGCCUUGAAUAAUAAUUUAGGGAUGAUAUACUUUUACAUUUGUUACUUUAAUACAUCACACAUUUUCAUAAUCAUCGGAGUACUGAGGAGAGAGCAGAAGCACUUUGAGCAAGAACACGCAUCUCAUAACGUUCUGUCGUCUUAAACAACAAACCGUCGUCUUAAUAAUCGCUUCGAAUUCGUUCCGAAUCACAUGCUCUUUUAUUUACAGCUACAACACUAACUAGCUCUUAGCACAAGGCUGAAUCCCAAAUCCCUCUCUAACCUCUGAUUAAGGGCACUACUUAGGGUGUGGAACAAGGGAUUGUACACCCUACUAGCUCUAACACGAACUUUCCAUUUAAUGCUUUUAAGGAUUCAAUCUUGGACGUUUCCCGGAGUUGAUGUUCUAAAUUAGAAGUGAAAUAUAAAGAGACACUUGUGAGACUUACAGGACCUUCAUGGUUUAUUCUCCUCCCCGCUUGGCUACUGAGUACCUGGUACGGCACUCGUGCUAUUUCUAUAUCUCUUGUAUGAUUAUGCUUAAUUCUAUACAUAGUAACAAAAGAUAAAAGUAAUUUCAGUUUUUCCUCUUUAGGUAAAACACACCUGACCAUCAUCAAGUGUAAACUGGAAAAACAAACAAACAGAAAUCCUUAAUUUUUACCAUUUUCGUUUACAUUAAACAGAUACCGCUGUCCAUUUUGUAAUACUCUUAAAUGUGUAUCAUCACUGUUAAAUAUUUAGAAAUAUUUCUUCGAAGUCUACACAUUUUAUCUGAAACAACCUCGGAACACGUGGCAG